ACUUGGUGGUCGGAGGAUCAAACCGCCCAUUAGACACCUCAAUCUGCAGCGAAGCCAUUCGCCACUUUACCCAGCAAGUCGAGGAACUGAGAAAUGCUGUUGAAGGACAGCUGCCUGAAGCAGAAGAAACGAAUGGGAGCGUCCGUGAAGGUUUGGGAGUUGAGGGCGCGGAUGAACCUGAAGAAGGCGGCGAUGAUUUGCUGCUAGGGUUUGAAAUGGAGGAAGCAGCAGCAAAUGAAGCAGCAAACGCCUGGGAGCAGCAGCAGCAGCAGCAGCAGCAGCUAAACCCCAUGGAGCAAGACCAGCAGCAGCAGCAGCAGCAGCAAGAAGAUUUGUACAACUAUGAAGACACUGCAGCAAUGGAUUAUGCUGCUGAUGAAUACUCGAGGCCUGAGGACGAUAUCAGCACGGCGAACUACUCUUUGCUGACAGCAACUGCAGCAGAAAAGGAGUGGGAGGCUUUGAAAGGGAAGGGUCCCGUUCGCCGCACUGCAGCAGCAGCAGCAGCAGCAGCAGCAGCAGCAGACCCAGCAGCAGCAGCAGCAGCAGCAGGCAAAUCGCAGCAGCUUCUUGCUGCCCUCGACCCCUUUCUUGUCGAUAUGACAAAUCUAAAUAAACCCCUAAACCUCCACCCCCUCCUUAAGGCGGAGAGAUGCAACCCACCGGCCCCAAAGCCGAUCGACAACAUCUUUGUCGCGUGGGACAUGACCAGCAGCCCAUUUGCUGCUUCGCCGCAGCAAAUGGUUUCUUUGUCUCUUCUUGCUUUCAAACAAAUUCAAUUUGCUGCUGAGGGGCCGCAAGCCCCCAGCCUCGUUGACGCGCAGCAAGCCCCAGGGUUGGGGGGCUGGGCUGCAAUGUCGGAGGUGCUGCAAUGGGCUACCAAGACGACGGAGGGUUUGAAGCGUCUGAUGAGGCAUUUGGAUUAG